CCUUGUAGGUUGAAUGUGGAAAAAAUAUAAUUUGAAUAAAAUUUUAUGAAAGAGUAGUCACUCCCUUAAAGAAAAAUUUGGACUAAAAUAUAUAAUAUGCUUCACCGAAAAAUGCAAAUAAUUCAACCUCAUAUUCCGCAUUGCCCCAUUUUAUUUUGAUUAGGACAAAUAUUAAUCCUAAUGUGGCAAUUAGUCAUGUUACAUGUCCUUACAUUGAAAUUAGUCAUGUACAUUUUAAAAAUAUAAAUGAAAAUAAAUAUUGUCAAUCCAGAAUAAAUAAAAAUAAGGUUGUGCAUUUCAUGACAGUUGGCUGACAGUGAAAACCUAUAAGACUUGCUACAAAAAACAAUUUUGGAGAAGUGAAGAUAAAAUAAUUAAUUCUAGCUGAAAUUUUCAACAGAAUGACGAAUAAUAGGAAAAGGCCGAGAAACAAUAAAGAUGAAGGUGAAUGCUUGCCCUUAUCUAAGAGAAUAAACAAUCUUCAUAUUAACAAUAGGUUAAUGUUUGAAAACCAACAGGGACAUAGUCAAAACCCAAUGCAAGUGGGACCCGGUCCUCCAUCGUAUGAUAUGCCUCAGAUCAAUGAUCCCUCUGAAAACCACCAAUACCCCCAACAGAUGCCUAAUUAUUCACCAGAACUUGAUGAAUCUCAAAAUCCCCAUUAUUUCAAUAUAAACAAACUGCUGUAUGAAAUGUACCUCGAGAGGUCUCGAAGGGAAACACGUUGAACCAUAUAAUAAGUUUCUAGUUUAACUUUCUACCUAUUCAUAGAGUUUUGCAUCAGAACAUACUUCAUGGUAAAAUGCAUUUCAUAUGUAUGGGUAGAUGUAUGGUUGUAUUAUUCAUAAUUGAAGCAAAAGUCUGUGUAUGAUAUCAUUCAUUUUCAUUACUGCCAUGCAGGAUUUGUUCUAGUAAGAAAUUAGUUUGGUAGAUGUGAAUUUUUACAUUCAUGUUAAUAUUAUAACAUUUAUUGCUCGAUGUUUUUGUUAUUAUGAUAAUAAGUUGACUCCGCUUUGUUGUAUAGAAAAAAACAGGGUUAUUUACAAGCUGAAUUUGUGAUGACGGAUUGUAAAUGAGCAAUUCUAUAUGAAAUAGACUAAUGUAAAUAAAUUGAAUUCACUAUGA